UUCAGGAAUCGAGAUCGUAACACGACAGUCGUUUCUCUCGGACCCAACAGACGCAGUAAGAAAUCUCAGAAGGCAAGAUGCCAGAGUAAUCGUUGGACUUUUUUAUGUGGUGGCUGCGAGAAGAGUGCUCUGUGAACUAUACAAACAAAAUUUAUACGGCAGACAAUAUACUUGGUUUUUUAUCGGUUGGUAUGAAGACAACUGGUUUGAAGUGGUCAUGGAGAAAGAAGAUAUCGGGUGUUCGGUAGAACAAAUGCGAAUCGCCGCCGAGGGGCACAUCACCACCGAGGCUCUCAUGUGGAACCAGAAAGAGGACGAGAGCACCAUAUCAGGCAUGACUGUCAAAGAUUUCCGAAAGAAGUUGGAUGAUGUGCUGAGAAAUGAGGGAUAUGAUAUAGAGAAUCAGAGGUAUCCAGAAGGUUAUCAGGAAGCACCAUUAGCGUAUGAUGCAGUAUGGAGCGUUGCAUUGGCUUUCAACAAAACAAUGGAUCGUCUCCAUAAAUUUGGAAAGAGUUUGAAAGACUUCAAUUAUAACAACAAGGAAAUAGCCGAUGAUAUCUAUUCAGCCAUCAACUCGACUCAGUUUCUAGGAGUGUCUGGUUACGUCGCCUUCAGUUCUCAAGGUGAUAGGAUAGCGUUAACUCAGAUUGAACAAGUGAUAAAUGGCAGUUACGUAGUCCUUGGUCACUAUGAUACGCAGGCCGACAAUCUCCAAUGGUACUAUAGGGAAGUUUGGCAAGACGAGGAUUCCACACCUUCCACUAGUAAUGAACUCGAUAAUCAAUCAAUGAUAGGACAAAUGAACCUCGAUGAAGACGACAACCAAACUGUAGAUACAACUACAAAAAAUCCGAUUUGGACCAUAAAUAUAAUCGACAAACCUUCGAAUUAUUCUCUCUGCAUGACAGUUAUGAGGAGAGUCGAUCGAAAUCCAUGUUUCGAAACUGAAAAUGUUCGCGGAAAUCCAGUUAGCCGAACAAGAUGGUAA